AUGGAAGUGACUUUUCACACUGUCACAAGGCUGUCCUCCUCGGGCGCCGAGGGCAGCACCAUCUGGAGGGGUGGGACCGCGCGGCCUCUUGGGGGCAGGCGAGUGCGCUGGGCAGUGCGGGCUGGGGGCCCCGGGCGGGGGGCGCAAGAGGAGCGCGGUGGGCUGAGCCCGGCGCUGCCGGAGCAGCAGCCACAGCGGGUCGGGGUUCUCAGCUGGGGCCCGCAGCAGCUCCGCGGGCUGAAGCUCGGCGUGGAGGAGCAGGGGGGCGUGGGUCCGGCCGUGCAGGAGGAGGGCGGGGUGGGCCCGGGGGUGCAGGAGCGGGGCGGCCGUGGCCACGAGCCCAGCCUGGGGGUGGUGUGGGGUCUGCCGGACGGCGCGGACUGGAGGCGCCCACCGCGGUGGACGGGCUCGGCGGGCUGGCCUGUGGUGCAGGAGGAGGGGCUGGGGCCCCGCAAGCAGCACCAGGAGAAGGGGGGAGGCAGCCCCGCAGUGCAGGAGCGUGGGGAGGCCCGCGCCGGGGUGCAGGAGCAGGGGGAGGGGAGCCCACGCAGGCUGCUGCAGCAGUCCGAGCCGCUCUCCGAGUUCGGGGAGCGCGGGGAGGGGCUUGAAAGUUCCGGGGAGCAGGGGGGGCAGUACUGGGAGAGCUGUGGGCACUUCAGGCGGGAGGCGGUGGUCCUGGGAGCGGCCCCAGCACGCCGGGAGAGACUCGAGCUAGCGGGGAGGGCCCGGCCUGUGGGGCCCCAGGGGCCUGAGGGGGAGGGGCGCCUGGGGGUGCAGGAAGCAAAUUGGCUUCCUGGGGUGCAGGAAGGACAGGUGGUGCGGGCUGUCCAGGAGACAUACCUGGACGAGAAGGGGUCCCAGGAGGCAGAGGGGCCCCCUGAGGGGCACAGGAUCCGGAGGCGCCGGCGGAGGAGGAGGUGGUAACCGGCAGGCCGGCUGCCCGGCACGAGGAUCGCUCCAGGGCCGAGGGAGGCAGCAGAAGGCAGCAG